UCCCGGACAUAGCCCACAUAGCCCCCCACCCUCUCUCAGACCAAAGGAUCCCCCCUCUCCCUCUCAAAAUUCCCCAGCUCAUCCGAGUCGACUCAACUCACCGAGUCAUGAAACCGAUUCAACCACCACCACCACAAUCCCCCUCCUCCACUAAUCGUCACACCAACAACAGCAGACCGCGUCGCCGCCCUGACUUAACCCUCCCUCUCCCACAACGCGACCCUGCCCUCGCGGUCCCCCUCCCUCUCCCGCCCAACUCCGUCGGCUCAAACCCCUCUUCAUCCUCCGUCUCCUCAGCUCGAGCUCAACUCAGCUUCUCCGAGCUCGACCGAAUCAACCGAAUCGGAAGCGGCAGCGGCGGAACCGUCUACAAAGUCGUCCACCGUCCAACCGGCCGCUUCUACGCUCUCAAAGUCAUCUACGGCAACCACGAAGACUCCGUUCGCAACCAGAUCUGCCGCGAGAUCGAGAUCCUCCGCGACGUCAACCACCCUAACGUCGUUAAAUGCCACGACAUGUUCGAUCACAACGGUGAGAUCCAGGUCCUUCUAGAAUUCAUGGACAACGGUUCCUUAGAAGGGACCCACAUAAACCACGAGGCAUAUCUAUCUGACGUGGCUCGGCAGAUAUUAAACGGCAUCGCCUACUUGCAUAAAAGGAAAAUUGUGCACAGAGAUAUUAAGCCCAGUAAUCUGUUAAUUAACUCUAAAAAAAAUGUUAAGAUAGCUGAUUUUGGGGUUAGCAGAAUAUUAGCACAGACGAUGGAUCCUUGCAAUAGCUCAGUAGGAACAAUUGCUUACAUGAGUCCAGAAAGGAUAAACACUGAUCUGAAUCAAGGAUUGUAUGAUGGGUAUGCAGGGGAUAUAUGGAGUUUAGGGGUUAGCAUUUUGGAGUUCUAUUUAGGGAGGUUUCCAUUUGGUGUAGGAAGACAAGGGGAUUGGGCAAGUUUAAUGUGUGCAAUUUGUAUGUCACAACCACCGGAGGCGCCGGCGAGUGCAUCAAGGGAGUUUAGGAAUUUUAUUGCUUGUUGCCUGCAGAGGGAGCCGUCGAGGAGGUGGACUGCCAAUCAGUUGUUGCAGCAUCCGUUUAUUGUGAGAAGAGGUGGAGGUGGAGAGGGGGGUGGUGGGAAUGGUACUCAUAGCUUGAUGUUGCCGCCGCCUCCUAGGCCAAUUGCUUAGUAGGGUUUUGAAGAUGUAGUUAAGAAAUAAGGUUUGAUUUUUGUUAGUGACGAGUGUUUUUAUUUUUUAUUUUUUGCCAUUUCUGUUUUACAGUUCCAGGUGGGUGUAAAGAUUCAGAAGGUAUCGUGCAAACUUGUAUGGAUACAUGACAUUAGGUUUUGUUUCUGCUUUGUAGUAUUAAUGCAUUAGUCUCUCUCUAUUUAUCCAAUACUAUCUUCUUUAUAGAUAUCACUGUUCAAUGCAAAUAUCAUUUUCCCUUUGUAUCUGAAUGUUAGUGUUUGUGCUGCUGGUAUGGUUGGUUAAGAACCACAGGUCCACAAGCUGGAAAGCCAGAAUACGAUGUGUAUUGUUCUUGACAGCAAUGUGUCUCUUAGUGAACUGUAAUAUAAUGAAAAAGCAAAGCAUAACAUGUUUGGUAUGGCCAUGCUUGGGUACCAUGCGUUUCGUCCUUUUCAAUUUCCCUUGUCAGUAUCUAUCAUGUGAUUUUACCCGUUUCCCUUUCUGCUAACAUAACUGUUGAAAAUAUUGUUAAAGUAUCAAAAUUUAUAUAAUCAGCCAUUUUAUGAUGCAUUUUAUUUUUGGUUAUCUUGUUAGAUUAGGGAUGUUUGGAAACCCACGUUCAACUCUCAUCAUUUCCAUGAUUUUGCAAAAAGUUGGGAGGGGAUGUUUUAUAAUUAUUGGACUGUGUUUAAUUAGUAACUAAUCUAAUUGAUUCAUGAUAGAGCUUUCUCUAAAUGCUCUAAAAGACGCCUUUUGCUCCCCCCCUUACCCAAAUUGUCCAGUCCAGUCCUUCAUAUUUGCUGUGUUUGAAAGUUUUGCUUUCUUUGGAGAUGACAGGACAGCUUUGCCGUGUUAGCUAAAUCUAUACUACUAAAUAUGCUUAAAAUAGUUGUCUGUGUUUCUUUUUGGAUGUGGGGCUAGUUGUUUGCAAAUGCUAUGAUGAGUUGUUAUUGGCCUUGGAGGGGGGGCGCAUUGAUUGGAUAUGUAAUAUGUACACAAACACACACACCUGUUCUGCUUGGUAGUUAAUGUUGCUACAUGUCAUAACUCGUUAAAUUCACUUAGCAAGAUUUUACUCAUGACUCUCAUGGCAGGCAGCUGCCGAAACAGAACUAAAAAAUGAAUGCUAAAGUUUGCAUUACAUGGGAUGGUUAUUAUUGUUACCUUUUUCAGCAUCAUCCUUGAGGACCACCUCCUAGUUUUUAUCUUUCCUGCCGAACUUGGUCCUGUAGCCAGAAAGGGUGCAGGUUCCAGUCACGUAGAGAGAGAGGGAGAGGGUUAACUGUUAACCAUAUAAUCUGACUGAUAGUUUCCUUUGCUGUCUUUUCCAGCUUUUACAGACCAGCACACAUGGGCUAGGCUUGGCGAUGCUAGUUUCCAUGCAAGACGUUAUUUACCUUAAGAAUAUAAUGAGCUGAGCACCGUUCUUUUUGUAUGCCACUGGACUUGAGUGAACUUGCCCAUAGCAAGAGCAUAAAAAAAAUUCUCACAACUUUGGGGUCACUUGUGUUAAUAUCCACCCACCCAACAUGGUCUACACUGUUCGUAGUUUUUGGGGUAUGAAUCUGUCGAUCAAUCUGGUGGGUACUUUUCAAUGAAAAGGGCAUAUUGCAUA